UGGCGGAAGUGGGAGCGGAGCCGGAGUCUUGGCCAUAAAGCCCAAGGCGGCGGCAGCGGCGGCGUUGAAGGCUUGGGGAGUGCCGAGGAGUCCGCUGGAACCGGAACUUGGACUUCUCUUUAGCCCCUGUCCUCCCUUGUACUUCCUCCUCGGCGGGAGCCCUAGCGACGCACCCGGCCCGGAGCCCCAAGCGGAGCGGCCGCGUUUGAAGGAUGACCUCUAGGAAGAAAGUGUUACUGAAGGUUAUCAUCCUGGGAGAUUCUGGAGUUGGUAAGACAUCACUCAUGAACCAGUAUGUGAACAAGAAGUUCAGUAAUCAGUACAAAGCUACAAUAGGAGCAGACUUUCUGACAAAGGAGGUGAUGGUGGAUGACAGACUAGUUACAAUGCAGAUCUGGGACACAGCAGGCCAGGAGCGGUUCCAGUCCCUUGGUGUGGCCUUCUACAGAGGCGCAGACUGCUGCGUUCUGGUGUUUGACGUUACUGCCCCCAACACAUUCAAAACUCUCGAUAGCUGGAGAGAUGAGUUUCUCAUCCAGGCCAGUCCCCGGGAUCCUGAAAAUUUCCCCUUCGUUGUGUUGGGAAACAAGAUUGACCUCGAAAACAGACAAGUGGCCACAAAGCGGGCACAGGCCUGGUGCUACAGCAAAAACAACAUUCCCUACUUCGAGACCAGUGCCAAGGAGGCCAUCAAUGUGGAGCAGGCGUUCCAGACAAUUGCACGGAAUGCACUUAAACAGGAAACAGAGGUGGAGCUGUACAAUGAAUUCCCCGAGCCCAUCAAACUGGACAAGAACGACCGGGCUAAGGCCUCGGCGGAGAGCUGCAGUUGCUGAAGGGGCAGUGAGAGCAGAGCGCAGAGUCCUUCACAAACAAAGAACACACUUAGGCCUUCCAACACAAGCCCCCUCUCCUCUUCCAAACAAAACAUAAAGUCAUCUCUCGAAUCCAGCUGCCAAAAGAAACCCCAUCAAACACACCCUUACACACACACACACACACACACACACA